CGACCUCAGGUUCGAGCAGCUUCAGUUGCCAUCCAUCACCAUGUUCGGCCCCUUCCGCCUAACGUCGCCCCUAUCUGGGGGUCUAUUAUGGAAGAUGCCCUGGCGCCUGUCUCGACACCAAAAGUACCGCCACCGCGAACGAUUACGGCGCGUUGAUGACAUUAUCUCUACUCUCGAUAUGGCGCUGGCGAAGCAGGGUCUCUCGACAAAGAAGCUGGAAGUGUGGAAGAAGGACAUGCCGACGGAAGCGGAGAUGCUGCCAAGGGAUAAAUACACAAUCUUCGAUCGCAAGGUGAAGAGGUAUCGGAAGGGAAUACACAAACUACCGAAGUGGACGAGGCUUUCGCAAAGGAUCAAUCCUCCUGGAUUCUAGGCGUGUGUAUAUUUGGCAGGAAAGAGGGUGGAGUUCUGUGUACAAUAUUGUGAACAAUAAAUGGAUCAAUACGGAACAGGCAAUUGGAAGCACAUUGGCGUCUUACUGACCCUCACGUGUAUGGAAGACAACAGCUUGUCGACAUCCUCGCAAACGAUUCAUAUGAUCAACCCUACCCGAACGACUACUCGAUACCGCUGCCAGGGGUGGCUCAAUCAGGGCCAGACGUCGCGUACGAGCUUCGAGGGCGGAUCUAAGUCGCACUGUGACAACAUAAUUGACUCCUAGAUCUUCACGGACGUAUCCUGACGCCUCAAGAAGCAGCAAAGACGUGUGUACAGGACCAUGAAAAUGCU